CGGAUGUAUACAAUUGGUUGGUAAAUCCUUAUCGGUGACAUCGUCUCUUACAUGUCGUCCAUUUGUUUCUUUCGCGCUCCAGAAACUCGUGCUGCAAAGCUGCAUCUCCUCAUCCCGAUCUCCUCGGUAGGGAAACGCACGUUGCGUCGAGGUAAUCGCAGUGGCAACGAGAAACAACAGCAGGAAGUGGGGAUCGUGCGCCAUUUUCUAUUUUUGCAUAGCCAGCGCGAGCGACAGCCAAGUGCCGUGCGUGUGUGUACGAGUUUUUUAGUUGUGCGUGAUACAGAUCGAUGGACUAACGACGAUCGGCAGCGAGGGAAAAUCGCCACGGAUUGUGACUGACAUGAUUGUUUUCUGGUGACACAUGCUGGCAAAAUCGUGUGAUCGCGUACCCGUCGAGCCGCCAAGCUUGUAUCCGUUCGUCCAGCUUCGCGUGUAAACUUUUUCAGUACCCCGUAAACAUCUCUUUCUCUCCCCGUUUUUCUCUUCCCCUCUCUCUCUUUCUCUCUCUCGCUCGCUCUCUCACUCACUCAUUCCUUGCUUUUCCCCGCCUCCCUUCUGCCGUUUCUCUCUCUCUUUGUCUCUCUUUCUCAUAUAUCCUCUUCCUUCCUCUCCUCUUCCUUCUCAUACCUUCAUUUCGUUCAACACUUCGUCAAAACGAGCGAGAGAAGUCACACUGCCCUGUCGAGGCUUUGUCGAUCGCUAACCGUGCUGUCAAGACUUGUAGAAAGGAAAAAGAACCAGUCUGUGAUAUUAAACAGUACUAAGCAAUAUAUACAUAUAUAUAUAUAUACACACACCAUAUAUAACUAGGCGUGUGUCUCCUUGUGCGCGUGUAUGAGUGUCAAAUAAGUGAGCGAGCGAGCGAGCUUAGCCAGCGGCCGCGCUCGCGCGCACAUACUCUCUCUCUCUCUCUUUCUCUUUUGUGUGUUGUGCAGUGUGUAUUUUGUGUGUGUGCGUGUAUGCUCGUAUCGCUACUUCGUGUGUAGUGCAUACGGGCACGUAGAUAGAUCGAAUAAAGGAUCUAAGAGGAUCUAAAAAAAUCGAAGAAAAGACAACGGGAUCAGAGUCCGCAAGACGCACUUAUCCACUCAGAGGGUGAACAAAAAUCGACGUGACCAACAACAGCAGCAGCAGGAGCGUCGGCAGCGGCGACGACGACGCGAUGUCUUUGGAGCCUGUGACAAGUGACAAGCAGCCGCCGUCGUCGACGGCGACGGCGACGGCGACGACGACGACGACGACGACGACGGCAACAACGACGACCACGAUGACGGCGAUAUCUACUAUUACGAUCACGGCGACUACGACGGCUACGAACACGAUGACGACGACGACUACGAUCACAGCGACAACGACGAUGAAGAAGAAGAAGAACGAGGGAGAUGAAGCGAUUAUAUCGAUGUCGGUAGCUGGGGAGGUGACUGACGCUUCGAUCAUGGAAAUAGGCCGUUCUAGACCUCAGUUUCAAUAUUCUCGGGAGGAACUGAUGCUGAUAAAAAAUCUGCGAUUAUCCAAACGUAGGCCUGCAUUUUUAGACAUCGCUUACAACAACUCACGUGGCGUCUGGGAUCCCGAACGUUGGCAUUCGGACAGAAAGCGCAGUGAUACACCCCCGAAGGAAGAAAAGACUGGACGUGGUGAUCAAAUCACUGAGAAUCAUAGUAAGCGACGUAACAACGGCGACCCACGGGACCGAAUACGCAAGGAACAAGACGGCAUCGUUUUGAGCCCGCAACGGAGGAGCUUUAAUUCAGGCUGUUUCGUCAACGUGAAUCAGCCGUCGAGUCGGCGUCCUGAGAGCCCGAUCGGGAAAACGGAGGUCAGCCAUCGAGAACCCGUUCGUCGAAUUGGCAGCGGGAGAAUUCUGACGCGGGAUAUAUGGGACUUUAGGCCCGAAAACGAAAAGAUCGAACCCGAGCGCGCGGAUUACGGCUUCAGGUCGGGUGCCGGCGUCGGUGGUUCUCUGCGUGAUCGUGACAAUCGAGAUAAUCGCGAUGGGAAAGAGCGAGAUAGUAUUAUACGGGACAGGGAUCGCGACCGCGACAACCUGCGUGACCGAGACGAGAGAUUCGAGCGGCGAUCGUUCGGUCGGGAUUAUGGGGAUCGCGAGAGGGAACGCGACCGCGACCGGGGAGUGGAGCGUAAUGAGCGCAACCACCAGGUUCAGGAGCGCGACAAAGAUCGCGGACGUGAUAAGAGAUUCGGUAACGAUCGUCGACGGACUUACAGUGACAAUCGUGAUACGGACGAGCCCGAGUGGUUUAGCUCCGGGCCAACGUCUCAGCAUGACACGAUCGAGCUGAGAGGCUUUGAGGAUAUCCCGGAGGAGAAGGCGGUCAACAGCAGCGGCAAUACCAACAAUAGCAAGAAUAAGAAACAGACUCUCGCACAGAAAAAACGUGCCAAGAAGAACGCGACGGAGAAGGACGAUAAACCAAACGAGAACUCGUCCGGCCCGAAGGGACGCAGCACCCCGACCGCCAUGGAUCAGUCGAUGAAUGCGAUACCGGCGCCGCAUUCCCCGAUUUCCGAGCAGGCCGAGCAGUCGUCCAUCACGCAAAAAGAAAAUGAAGCUAGCGAGAACACUGUGAACGAGCCGAUAGCCGAAACGACGGAUAUCCCGGCCGCUAAUAAGAAUCAAGAGGGUUCGCAUCCCGAUUUCAACCUGGAUGAGUUCCUGAAGUCCGAUACAUUCCCCGGUGUCUCAGGAUUGUUGACGAACGGGGUUGGCUCAAAUGGCGGCACCUGUUCCCGCUUCAGUCAGUGGUUCAAAAGAGACAGUCCGGUUCAACAGGCGGAUAGUCGUAGAGCUUCCAUACAUGACGAGUUAUUGAACAAUCUACUAAACGAUAUCACUGAGCCGAACAUUCAAAUACCGUCGGUAACGGAAUCGAACGCCUACUUCACUCCAAUUUCUCCGGCCAACACGACAAGCAAUAACAAUGCUGGUACAACCAAUGUCAAACUACUCGAAAUGUUGCAUCGUGGCAACAAGCCAAAUCAAAAUGGCCAAGGGGACGCGGUUAACACGAUGGCACCUUUGGUGAAGAACUGCACCAUUAAAGAUUUGGGUAAGACAGGCGAGAUCAGGCCACAUAAAGGCGGAUCGCAUAAGCAUGAAGGAUGUGGACUUCUUUUAGAAGUUGGUGGAAAAGUUGUGCACAGUUUGGAAGAAUUAGAAGCACGCAUGCGGGGCGGCGCUCCUCCACCUGCAACCUCGACUGAAACGCCCCGUGUAAAUAAGACUGAGGACCUCUCUGCUUUUAAAAAACUGCUUGCUCAAGUAACCGGAGGACAAGCUGUACCUGCAGCUAACGGACCUAUUGCGCAGAAACAACCUGUGACGUUAAUGCAGCUAUUUAAUUCCCAACUAAAGCCUCAACCACCGAUGCCGCAUCAGCAACACCCGGCGAUUGCGGAACCAAUUCAUACUUCAACGUUCAAUCAUGUCGGUCCUCUUGGCCCUGCUCAACAUUCGCACCAGGCUCAGAUGCAACAUGAGAAUCUAAUCAAAGUCUUGCAAAUACAGCAACAGCAACAGCAGCAGCAACAACAGCAACAACAACAACAACAACAGAAACAACGACAUUCCGAUAUGCUGUCAAUGAUGAUGGGUGGUCAACGAAUACUGGGUAUGAGUCCUGUACCAGCGGAUAUGCAGAUGAUGUUAAAUAAUAUCCCUUCAAGUCAGGAGCUCCUACAACGGCCGGAAGCUCAAGCGAUUAUUCAGGGUCUGCAGCAAGGAGAGAUCACCAGGCAACAUCUCAUACAGCAGUUGCAAAAUCCUGUGAUGCAGCAUCGUCACCGAGAAGUACUAGUGAAUAUUUUGAAAAUGUACGGUGGUACUACACCACGUACUGCGAGUCCGCAUUCACAUCCUACAGUCCCCACACCGCAGGAUCACAUGCUGCAACAGAUGCUGUAUCAGCAGCAGCAGCAGCAACAAAGAAUCCCAUCUCCCAUGAACAAUGCUUAUUGUCCACCUCCAAUAAUAUCACCAAAUUUGGCAGCUAGUCCUAGUACUUUAACAGUACAGCAUCCAGUGAUACCGCAUAGAGUGCCGUCGCCAAGGGAAAUCGUUAUGCACACUCAAUCUAUAAUACAAAAUGUUUUAAUCAAGAAAAAAUUGGAGGAGCAGCGCGAGAAUUACCGCAAGCGGCAGGAUCAGCAGCAACAACAGCAACAGCAGCAACAGCAAGUUCAGCAACGCUCAUCAAGUCCCGUUAACUCACCAGCUAAGCAAACAAUGAGUCCAACGCCGCUUGCUUUCACUCCGACAUCCGUUUUACGUAAAAUGACCGCUGAUAAGGAACCUGACGGAAGCAGCAAUGAUCCAUCAAAAUUGUCUACACAAAGUCAGGCUUCUCAGAUGCAACAAAUGCAAUCUGCAGUUCAGUUACUUACACAGGGAGUUCUCCCGAGACAUACCACGAUGCGACCACAAUCUGCUCAAUCGACAUGGUCGAAUCCAUCGCUUAAGCAACACCCAGGACGACCUAUAGUGAAAGGCGGUAAAGGUAACAAUACCCCGAACAGCACUCAGUUCCAAUAUACGGGAAAUGCGGAAUUUCAACAACCGCAACAGCAUAGAACGGCCUCGAAUGUGUACGGCAAUCCGGCACGAUCCAAGCACACGAUGGCCACUUCCUUGCCGCAUCACAAUGUCUCGCAAUACAAUGUACCACAAACUUCGAUGAUGAACCAGAGGUCAAAUUCCAUAAAUACCCAAAUGAAAACCCAACAGCAAGUCUCGUCGCAUCUUGCCAAUUUGCAGCAGCAAUCGCCGCACGGGGCUGCUAGCAUGCAACAACCACCGCAACGAACUGCUGUAAAUACGCAACUUGCAACGAAGAUGCAACUUGUUGUGAACCAAAACUACAGUUCCAAUCGCACAGAUGGACGUGCGAUGCGAUCGCAGCAAUUGAACCUUGCUGUCGGUCGUCAAUCUUCACCGGGUCUUGGAUUCGUAGGCAGUAACGGCGGUGACCUUUCUCCAACGUCCAAUCAACUCGCGCGAUGGUUUAGUCCAGAACUCCUCGCUCAGGCACGGGCCGGGAAAUUACCGGAGCUCGGGCAGACGAAUGUCCUGUCGCUGGAAGAGCUCGAGAGACUUCAACAUGCGUCGACUAUAGUGCAUAACUAAAAGUGAUUACUGACAUUUUUGGGUAUUACGUUUCAAUUUCUCGUGAGCGAUCGGAAAUCCCGACGGUAACGCUGCUACUGGCCGGCUAACCAGUAUGUUUCUCGUGUUACAUCUCCCUUCACAUCCGAGGCACCAGUAUGACAUCCCAUCCGCGCCGGAUGCUGAAAAUGUAUGCCGCUAAAUUACAGAACGGUGCUGUCGCCUAUAGUAGAUUUUUUAAAGUCUUCGUAUCGACAAAGUUUACCGAGGUAAUGCCAUAUUUUGAUUAAGGCUAGGAGAAUCGAUCAGUUGUUCGAGAGGGGGUGUACUUUCGAAGGAUCUUGGUUGAGGGAAAGUCGCUGAAAUGUCGUUUGUGAAAAUCAUUUUUCAAAGUUUCGCGGGAUGUUAUUUAGAAACUACAAAUGUACAGGAUAGUGUGUAACGUUGAAGGGCGGCAUGUCGUAUAAUUAAGAAAGAAGUGGACAGCUUUCUACGAAAAACGAUAUAUUGCUUAUAAGACUGAAAAAUGUGAAAAUUCUUAUUGUUGAUUAUGAGACAAGCUGUUACCUUGAUAUGCGUACUUUCUAAAUGACAACACGACAAAGUCUAUUUGCCUAAGAUAGGACUGCAAGUUUCUUGUGUAUUCGUGUCUCUCCAUUGUAGUUUGCGAGAUUCCGAGAAUUAUUUGGCGACCUGUAUAAUUUUCACACGUUUAUUCGAAGCGUAUCGCGUUGUUCUCGUUUAUUCUUGACAAUUGCAGGAUGGUGAAUAUUCUGAGAAUAUAUUGUUGCGAUAUCUUUCAGUUAUUUGUAAGUAUUGGAAGCUUUAUUUCGCGUUUGCGUUUCUUACAUCCAGGAAGAGAAGAACAAAGCAACUUUGGCCGCUGUCUCAGCGAAUAUAAAAAUAUAGUCUAUAUACUAAGUAUGUCUAAUGCAAGCUCAUCGUUGUCGCCAACGGAAAUAAGACUUAGAUAGUCGGAUACGCGCGUUUAAUCUAGUAUUAUUUAUAGAAUAUGUCGCUUGCUUGUUUACCAGUGGGACUUGCAAAAUCCCUUAGGCAAAUAAUAAUACGCAGUUUCUUCAGAAGAAGUUGUGAAUUACAGCAAUCAGCACUUGAUUACAAUUACUCACACAGCAAGCGAAGAGAGAUGUGUGUAUCAUAUUUAAUAUUCUAUUCGUAUUACUACAAACGAUGCGACCUUAUUAAUACGGAGAAACAAACGAGAUAAAGAUGACACGUCACAAGUCAUGCGCGCGCGCGUAUAUAUAUAUAUAUAUAUAUAUAUAUAUAUAUAUUAUAAAGAUAAAUAUAUAAUAUAUACUUCGUAGAAAAAGAGAAAGAGAGAGAGAAGCGUGAGAUUUACGGUAUCAUUAUCAUGAUCGAAAGUGGUAGAUAGACUGAAAUGUCUCUAACAAAAAAAAAAGAAAAAAAACCUCGCGCAUAAGGUAUAUAGAAGAAUCGUUCACAGAAUUAAUUCAAAAAAACAAGAAAUGGAGAACAUUCCACCAGCCGAUAGAGAAUCAAACCUAAACGAGGUAUAUUUGCGAGCUUGAAGAUCAAUCAGUGUCAAUACUGUUGCCAACAUGUGUUUGCUUUCAAUUCAAUUACUUCGAGAUUGCAAUUUCUAUACAAUUCAGAGAACGAAAAAAAAAUAAAAGAAAGGAAAGUUAUUGGGCCUAUUUUACACAAAACUGUAAUACUAUUUAAAAGUUUAUUUUGCCCAUUUCUAGAAAGAAUAGCAUCGUUAACUUAUUCUAUGCUGUGUAUGUGUAUGUGCAUUAGAGUCUCAUUAUGUGUGCAUAAUUGCAUUUUUCUUUUUCUCAUAACUUUAGCACGCGAUCGCUCAUAUCUUCAAGAAAUACAUCUCUUAAAGGCAAAAUAUUUCUAUUUUUAACAGCAAAACAAUCACUGUACGUUUACCUUAAAUUGACGAAUAGUAUUUAUCUAUAUUUUAUAUACUAAUUAAACGACAUUUAUAUGAACGAGUUACAUAAUCUAAUUUAUGAAUAUUAAUUAUAUUCGUAUGUUUUAUUUUAUUGCAUAUGAUCUUUUUUUUAUAAUGGCAUUUAAUUGUAUGACGAUUCGUAUGAGGACCGUGAGAUAAAUUUACGUUAAAAAAAAUUUAUAAAAACUUAGCAAAAAAAAAAAACAAAAUUGAAUUUUAUUGUUAUUUUGUUUGUUGCGGAAUUUAUUUCAGCGCGAUAAAGAACGUAAUUUUAAAAAGUAUCACUGCGCUGCAAGUAAUUUUGACAAAAACGUACUAUCUAAAUUUUUUCUAAAUAUACGAAGCAUGGACAUUGUUUGCGACAGUGUUACGUUCGAUCCGUAUUUAUCUCAUUUAACGACAUUCACAAAUCUGUUCGCUCGACAACAUUUUGCAUGCACGACUACGGAGAUAAAUACGGAUUAUGAUUUCUUAGAUGCUUGUUACUUAAUAUAUAAAAAAUUUUUUCUGUGCGAUAAUAUCUUUUAAGAGAGUCUUGUAUGUUUUAAUAGCCAUAUUUAUAAUGUUCAUCUAUGUCUAACGUUUUAUUAGCAUGUAUCACACAACACGUAUAUGAUGUUAACAAAAUGUUAGAGGGAUGAGCGGUUCGACGCGCCAACUUCUACGUAGAUGAAAAUUACGAAAUAUGAUGAGCAUGAAAAAAUUGCGCAUUAACCAAUCGCAAUAAUACAUUCACGUAUUUUCAACAUGCUAUUGUACAUGACAACGAGCCGUGUGAGGCACGAAAAAUGCAAGACGACGUUAUGGGACUCUAACGAUGCGUUCAAACUGAUGUGUACUUGUUGCAUCGACUGAAGAUGACGGAGAACACGUUGCAAACAAUAUUGUACGGUGAUACGCGUAACAGAGCGAGACAAAACGAGAGAGAGAGAGAGAGAGAGAGAGGAAGGGAGAAAGAGAAAGAGAGAAACAAAGGGAGAGAUCUCAUUUUUUUUUUUUUUUUCAUACCAUUUUCGUUACUCGACGUUCGGCGAUUGUAGGUGCGAUUGUUUAGAUUGUAUCUCGGACCGAUCAUCGUCACUGUAAGCUUAUCUCAAGCGUCCAUAAGUGUACAAAGAGUGUAAAGAGUGUACGAAGAGUAAAAAGAAUUCAAGUCAUUCAAUCGUGAAUCUUAAUGCGAGUACUAUACCGGAAUCAUCUUUCGUCUUUUAUCGUGUGGAAGAUGUUACGAGUGUCACGUCACACUAAUGUUAUAUUUGCAACACAAAAGACGUGUAGUAUCGAGUAUCCCACAAGGGAGAUUCAUAUUGCCUCAUAGAAAUCGAAGUUCCUUUACAGAGAUACGGAAUAAGAGAGUUUGUGAAUAAUUUUUCUUUGCUUUUCAUAUUGAUAAGAAUCUCAAUUGAAAAUUUAGAGUGAUUUUUUUAAUUAAGAAAUUUAUGGUAACGAUUCUUUUUUUUUUCGAAGAUUGAAGCGAAUCUGGAGGAAUCAUUAUGUCUUUGAAUUGCAUUUAUAGUUAGGCCAAUUCCCGAGAAUGACGGAGUUCACUUACUAAUAUUUGGCACU